AGCCUUAAAAACUGAAAAAGAUUUGCUAGUCUGGUUCAGUGCAGAAAUGUUUUCUUGCAAGGUGCAACUUUAGUCUUCAGCAUCAGUUUGAGGUGAAGGAGAGAAGGGAGUGAAACAUUCGAUAAUGGCUGUCUACCUGCUCCUGAUUUUUCUCUUUAGUAUCUAUCUCCAAGUGUCUGCUAGUGGAAUAUUUUCAAUAUAUAAUGAAGAUAGCAAGCUCUGUGCCCAGGCUCAAAACUCUAGCUCAGUCAUAACUACCACGUGUGAGCAGCACAAUGAGUUCCAGAAGUUCAGGUGGAUCUCUGCCACUCAGCUGCUGAGCAUGGCACUGAAGCUGUGCUUGGGAGUGCUCUCCAAGGACGAUGAGGCUGCAAUCACUUUGGAAGCCUGUAACAAGACAAAUGUACUUCAGUGGUGGGAAUGUAGAAAUGAGACACUUGCAACCCAAGGCAAGGAUUUAUUUUUCAACUAUGGCAAAGGACAGGGAAAGAAAAUCAGGCUGUCCAAAGGAUCAGGCAAAGGGAGCAGGUGGAAAAUCUAUGGAACCACAGAGGGUGUGUGCUCUCAGCACUAUGAAGAUACGUUUACACUGGGAGGAAAUGCCUUUGGCGCACCUUGUGUAUUCCCUUUUAAGCUCAAUGGUAAAUGGUAUGCUGAAUGCAUACCUCGGAGUGAUGAUGCAGGCACUCUCUGGUGUGCAACAUCUUCAGAUUUUGAUAAAGACCAACUUUUUGGAAAUUGUCCACUAAAAGACGGUAUCCACAAUGAUGUUUGGAAAACAAACCCUUUGACAGAAACCCACUAUCAGAUAAACUCAAAGUCACUUUUGACAUGGCACGAAGCGAGGAAAAGCUGCCAGCAGCAGAAUGCAGAAUUACUAAGUGUCACAGACCUUCAUGAAGAAAUGUAUUUAUUAGGACUCACUAGUGACCUGGGUGUUAAUGCUAAGCUCUGGAUUGGUCUUUUUGGUACACUUGACAGUGGCUGGCAAUGGACUGGGGGUAAUCCUUUCAGAUAUCUAAACUGGGCUCCAGGAAAUCCCUCUGUGGAAUCUGGAAAAAUAUGUGGGACCUUCCAAGGUAGGAAUGGCAAAUGGGAAAACCAAGAGUGUAAUCGGAAACUGGGAUAUAUCUGCCAAAAGAGAAACGCUUCUUUAGCUUCCUCCACUAUUACCUCAAGUGACUUAAAGUCUAUUAAAUGCCCCAUGGAAUGGGUGGCCUAUGCCGGUCAUUGCUAUAUAAUUUUCAGAACACCGAAAAUAUGGAAAGCAGCCCAGUCUUCCUGUAGAAAAGAAGGUGGAGAGCUGAUGAGUAUUCAUAAUAUUGAGGAGUACAGUUUUACAGUAUCUCAGCUUGGGUACAAGCCUGACGAUGAGCUGUGGAUUGGUCUAAACGAUUUCAGGGUUCAAAUGUAUUUUGAAUGGAGCGAUGGGACACCAGUGACGUAUACCAAGUGGCAUCAAGGAGAGCCAACCCACACACGGGAUAAGGCAGACUGCAUCAUUAUGAAGGGAGAGGAUGGCUCCUGGGCUGACAGUGCAUGUGAAAAGAAACUUGGUUACAUCUGUAAAAGGAAACCUUUGGCAGAAGAACCAGGGGAAGCUGAGGUUACUUACCCAGGCUGCGAGAAAGGCUGGACAAAGCAUGGUUUUUACUGUUAUUCCAUGGGACAGAUACCAACAACAUUUUCAGAAGCAAAACAAAUCUGUGAAGAAAACAAAAGUUACCUGGCUACUGUGAAAGACAGAUAUGAACAAGCAUUUUUGACUUCUUUAAUUGGAUUCAAUCCAGCCAAGUAUUUCUGGAUCGCUCUCUCAGAUGCGGAAGAGCAGGGGACUUUCAAAUGGGCCAGUGGCGAAGCUGUUACAUUCACUAACUGGAACUCAGGAAUGCCAGGAAGGGAGUCAGGCUGUGUGGCUAUGAGAACAGGAACUUCAGCUGGAUUAUGGGAUAUUUUGAACUGUGAAGAGAAAAACAUGUUUCUCUGCAAGCAACUGGUUCAGGGAGUGACCCCCCCUCCUCCUCCAACAACGACUCCUCUUCCAUCGUGCCCAGAUGGGUGGCAAUCAAUUCCUCAAAGUAGCUCUUGCUUCAAACUUUUCCAGAGGGGAAGGGAGAAAAUGCAAACAUGGUUUGGCGCAAGAGAUUUUUGCAGAGCCAUUGGAGGAGAUCUGGCCAGUAUCCAUAGUGAACAAGAGCAAAAUCUAAUAUCUGACUUAGACAAAGAUUAUCUUCACUCAUCUUACUGGAUGGGUUUAAAUGCCCUGGACUCUGGCAGAGGAUUUAUAUGGAGUGAUGGCUCACCAGUAAAUUUUGAAAAAUGGGCAGGUGGAGAACCAAACAAUUAUGAUGGGAAUGAAAAAUGUGGAGUGUUUAACGGCUACAAUAAUAUGAAAUGGAAUGAUUUAUUUUGUGAAUAUAUGCAUGACUAUGUUUGUCAAAUAAAAAAAGGAGCAUCGUUGAAACCAGAACCUACUUCCACAUUCAAUUAUGAAUAUGAUGUUAGUGAAGAUGAUUGGAUAAUAUAUCAUCAUAAGGAAUACUACUUCAGCAAGGAACCAAUGCCUAUGGAAAAAGCUAGGGAUUUUUGCAGGAAGAAUGGUGGUGAUCUUGCUGUCAUUGAGAGUGAAAGUGAAAAAAACUUUCUUUGGAAAUAUAGUUUCUAUAAAGACCGGGGAAAUAACUUUUAUAUUGGCUUAAGUGUGAGCCUUGAUAAAACAUUCCGAUGGAUGGAUGGAAGCCCUGUGAACUAUGUUGCUUGGGCACCAAAUGAACCCAAUUUUGCAAAUAAUGAUGAAAACUGUGUGGUCAUGUAUACCCAAACAGGUACAUGGAAUGAUCUCAACUGUGGCAGUGUUGAGUUAUUCAUCUGUGAAAGGCUCAACAAUACUGUUCGUCCAACUGUUGUUCCCACUUCACCACCCCCAAAGGGUGGUUGUUCAGAAGGCUGGGUCCUUUUUAAUAACAAGUGUUUCAGAAUGUUUGGCCUUAAUGAAAAUGAUACAUUGACAUGGCACGCCGCCCGGAACAAUUGUAUAUAUUUCCAAGGAAACCUGGCUACUAUAUCAAAAAAGGAAACACAAGCUUUCCUCAUGUCCCUCUUAAAAGAUGCUGCAACUGAUGUCUGGAUUGGACUGAAUGACAUAAAUCAGGAGCACACAUACUUAUGGACUGAUGGAAGCCCAGUUUACUACACAAAUUGGGCAAAAGAUUCACGAAGAUAUUAUAGUAAGGAAGACUGUGUCUUUAUGAUGAAGAACCCUACUGGACAGGCAGGGAAAUGGAAAGAUGAAGAAUGUGUAACAAGCAAAAGCUAUAUAUGCCAGAAAAAUGCUGACCCUGAAUUGCAUAAUUCCCAACCCACAGUUCCAGUCUUUGGCUUUAAUAAUUAUGAUGAUGACCGUUAUGCAAUCAUCAACUACAAAAUGAACUGGGAAGAAGCACAAAAGAACUGCAAAGACCAAUUUGCAGAACUUGCCAGCAUUGUGGAUCCUUACGCUGAUUCUUACCUGUGGUUACAAAUGUUACACCAUGGGGAGCCUGUAUGGAUUGGUCUUAACAGCAACACAACUCAUGGCCAUUACAUAUGGUCAGAUGGAAGGAGAACCAGGUAUUAUAACUGGGCCAGUGGAGAACCAAAUAAGAACACAGCCUGUGUCUAUUUAGAUGUGGAUGGUUUCUGGAAGACAGCAUCUUGCAAUGAAACAUUUUUCUCUCUCUGUAAACAAUCUGAUGAGUUAAUCCCUAGUGAACCACCACAACUUCCUGGAAAAUGUCCCGAACCAAAGCGUGGUAGAUCUUGGGUUCCUUUCCGUGAUCAUUGUUACUAUGUUCACAUUACUUCUGAAGAAAGCUGGCCUGAUGCUUCCAUGACGUGUAUUCAGAUGGGUGCUUCCCUGGUUUCCAUAGAAGAUUCAGCUGAAAUGAACUUCCUCUUAUUUUACUUGUCUGCAAUUGCAAGUGACUUCAGAAAGUUUUGGAUAGGAUUAUUCAAAAAUAUUGAUGGGGAAUGGACGUGGGCAGACAGGAGUGCAGUAGACUUUGUCAACUGGGACAAAGGAGAACCUACAGCACUUUUUGCGGAACACUGUGUUGACAUGGAUGUCUCAAAUGGAGCCUGGAGGAACUAUUACUGCUCUGUUGAUCAGAAUUUUAUUUGCAAAAUCCCAAAGAUUCCUACAGUUGAACCAACCCGUGAUUCAUCAAUCCAUAAAGCAUCAAAAAAUGAAGCUACUUUUGCAUCUGCGCAUGGAUUCAGUGGGAUGAUUGUUAUACUAAUUUUUCUUCUUCUAACAGGAACUGGCCUUACAAUCUGUUUUUUCUAUAAAAAAAGACAUGAUCAGCAAACAAUCACAGCCAGUUUUGACAAUACCAUAUACUGUGGUGAUGCUGAACCUGGAACUCACGAAUCAAACUGUCUUGUGACCAAUAUCGAACAAAAUGAACAGGCAAUAGUUUAAUGAGCAAAGUAAACUUGUGACUAAUUUUAAAAGAAAUUAAAGCACUAGAAUACAAGAAUUCUUAAGGCAAAGUGGUUUUCUCCUCUGGAAAUUCUAGUCUGUUUUGCACAUGAUGCUUCUUGUUUUAUGUACUAGCACGAACAAAUAAUCUUGUAAGGCUCUGAAACUGCUCACAAAGAAUAGCAUCUGGAAGGACAGUUGAGUAUAUACUUAAACCUGGAACUACACUGUGUAAGUGGACACUCAGGCAUUUCCAGCCUCUACAUGGGACCAGCAUCACCUUUUGGCCACAAGGAGAACUGUGCUCAUUAGAGGUAACUGUGAGAAUAAGCUCCUUAGUAUGCUCCAAAAAGCACAUCACCGUCUGUAGCAAUCCUGAAAAUGUCAUGCUGCGAGCUCCAGCACAGACUGUCAAGAGUUGGGCAGUUUCAACGGGACCUCUGGAGCUCGUCUGGCCUCUUGUCCUUGCUGUGCACCUCUGAGAAGAGUUUGGCUGUGUCUUCUCUAUAAUCCCCCUUUAGCUAGUUGAAGAUAGCGAUCAGGUCUCCCAUCAGCCUAUAAUUCUCCCAGCUCUCUCAGCCUCUCUUCAUAUGUCAUAUACCUGUACAUCGAGGUCCCUACCCCUCUAAGUGGCCCUUGGUUAGACUCACUGCAAUUUGUCAAUAUCUCCCUUUACCUAGAGGCCCAGAGCUGGACAGAGUAUUCCAGAUGCGGCCUCAUAAGUGCUGUGUAGAGGGCAAUAAUAAUCUUGACCUGUUAUCUAUGCUCUUGGUAAUGCAGCCCUCAGUGCAGUUGGCCUUCAUCACCUCACGGGCACAGUGCUCACCCAAGUUUGACUUUCAGGCCCCUAGGAUUCCAUAUCCUUUUCUGCAAAGCCCUCUCAGCUGGUUGGCCUCAGAACAUACUGCUUCAUAGAGUUAUUCCACCUCAGGUGCGGGUGACCACUUCAGGUGCAGGUGAACUUCAUGGAAUUAUUUCACCUCACGUAACUUUGAACCAUUGACCACUACCCUUUGAACCUGGUAGAGCAGCCAGUUUUUCACCUGCCUCGCAGUCCAUCCAUCCAGUCCAUACCUCUUGAGUUUAGCUGCAGGGAUACUACGGGAUAUGAUGCUGAAAGUCUUGCUAAAGUCAACGUAAAUGACAUUCACUGCUCUCCUCUUGUCUGCCAAGCCAAUCAUUUUGUCCUAGAAAGUAAUUGGUUUCACCAGGAUCAGUUGGCCUAUGGAAAUCUAUUCUGACUGUUCCCAAUCACCCUUUUGUCCUUUCUGUGCAUGGAAAUGGCUUCCAGGGGAACUUGUUCCAUAACUUUCCCAGGUUGGCUGAGAUGAGGUUGCCUGACCUAUAGUUCAUUCAUUCCUAUUUUGAAGAUGAGUGUGAUGUUUGACUUUUCCAAUCAUUGGGUGUCUCCCCCGCUCACUGUGACUUGUCAGAGAUGGUAGACAAUGACCUCAGCCAACUCCCUCAGCAUCCUCUGAAAGCCAUCCCGUCUGAUCCCGUGGACUUUUGUUUAUCCAGUUUACUUUAGUCCCUAACUCAAUCCUCCUCUACCAUGAGUACUCCUUCUCCCCUAAACUCAGCAGCUACAUACAGAGAGUUGGAAGGCUUGAGAGGGGGGUUGAGGGCUUUGAGUACCUCAACCUUGUCCGUGCAUGUAGAAGUAGGUCGCCUGCCCCAUUCAGCCGUGGACCAACAUCUUCCUUUUGCUGCUGAGGUACUCCUAGAAGCCCUUCUUGCUGCCUUCCAUAUCCCUUACUAGUCUCAACUCCAGCUGAGCUUUGGCUCUCCUAAUUCUGGCCUGGCGUGCCCAGGAGAUAUCACUAUAUAACUGCUGAGUCGGUCGUUGCCGUUCGUACCUUCCAAACACUUCUAUUUGAGUUUCAGCUCAAUCAAAAGUUUCCUGUGUGGCCAGGCUGGCCUACUGCCUUGCCUACUUCUUUUCUUGCACAUUGGGGUAGACCUUUCUUAUGCUUUAAGGAGGUUGUCCUUAAAGAUGAAGAAACUAUCCCAGGCUCCUUGGCCUUUCAAUCAGCAUAUCAUCACAGAUUUCACUUUGGAUUACUGUUGUACAAAUUCAGGUCAGAAAGCUUCAAAAUCAGACAGCAUGUGUUUUCAUACUGGGAUUUUCUUUAAUUCUGCAACAUAGUUGUAAUAUAUGAACAAUACAAUAUUCAGAGUUUUUCAUCUCAAAAAUAUUAUUUAAUCUUAUCUUUUGAUCUUUUGUAAAGUUUCAGUCAUAUCUAAAUUAACACAUUUUCCUCCUCUACAUACGGCUGAUAGAAAGGGAAAUGUUAAUAGCUUUUCUUCUGCUAUAUUUCUGUGAUAUAAGCGAUGAAAGAUUACGUAUAAUAUGAGGUGUGAAUGUACUAUGUAUAGAAAUACUGUAUCAUUUAAAUAAUAAAAUAGGGACCUCAAAGGAUUCUGCCAAAGGCAGGAUCAAGCAGAAUGAAUUAUACUUAAUUCAUAGCUGACAAAACUAUGUAAAACUUAUUCUUGAAAUCUGCAAUAUCAGUGAAGUCUUCAAACAUUUUUAGGCCAUUAAUUCAAAGCCUAAAGAAUCUUGCACUGAUAAAGGCUUUCCUAAUUUCUAGUCAAAUUCUCCCUGUCCAAGUUUGUUUUAAUCCUGCAAAUAUCCAGUUAUUCCAGACUUCCAUCGUGAUCUAGCAGAUAGCACUGCAUUUCAUAUCAAUGCACUGCUGUAUCAUCUGGGUUCAGAAAGCUUUAAAAUAUACAAUGUAUUCACAUAUAGGUAAUUUUUAUUUUUCCAGUGUAUUUUAUGCUAAGUGUAAACAAUGAAAUGACUCAAAGCUUUUAGUGUCAUGAAGGUCUUUAUGUAAUUUGAUAUCUUAAUUUUUUGUCAAAAUUUAAUCAUAUUUAAAUUAAAACAUUUUACAUUGUUAUG